CCCUACUACUACUUACUCACCUCAAUAACCCCCUUUCCAAUCCCUCAUAUAAUUACUUCACUCAACAUCAUGACCAUCCCCACCGACAAAAAGAAGCCCGCCCUCGUCGUCGUACCCGGCGCCUCCCAAAACCCAGCCCAUUACGCCCACCUCCUACACCUCCUCCAAUCCGCCGGCUACGGAGCCUUCACUGGCCUCCUCCCCAGCAUUGGCGCCCAAGGACAGGUCACGGCGGCCGACGACACCGACUACGUGCGCAACCGACUGAUCCUCCCUCUCCUGGACGUCGGCAACCAAGAUGUGAUCCUGAUCAGCCACUCGUAUAGUGGAAUGCCUGCUAGCGCGGCGGCGCGCGGACUCGGACCCGCCGACCGUGCCGCCCAGGGCAAGUCCACUUCUGUGCUUGGCCAGAUCUUCAUCGCGACCAUUCUGCCUCGUGGUGGUGAUGGGUUGAGUGUUAUUGAUUCUUUUGGUGGAAAUUUGCCCCCGCAUAUGUAUAUGGAUAAAGAGCAAAACCUCCUCAAAUGCGACGAGCCCAAGCCCCCUCUCUUCUACGACGUUGAACCCACCCUUGCCGACGCGGCUUGCCAGACUUCCCUCAGUCAGGGCUUGACUUCUUUCUCGAGUCCCUGUCCUGAGGCGAGCUGGGGCUCUGAGGCCUUCAAGGAUAGAAUCGCUUACAUCCACACCACUGAGGAUCGCGCGGUGCCUUACCCGGCCCAGACGGCUAUGGUUCAGGCUACGGGUGCUAAGUGGAUUACCAGGGAAUUGGCUACGGGUCACAGUGCGCAAUUGUCUGCUCCGGAGGAGUUGACGAAGACUAUUUUGGAGUUGGUGAAGCAGUGGGAGUAGAUAGAUAUAUUUGUGAAAAAACGGGUGUGUAUUGAGCUGCUUGCAAUGUUGUUUCAGAAUGUAAGAGAAUUCGCCAAGGUUACUUAAUCCAAUAUAUGUGGCUUUAAUAUUGGG